AUGGCUUCACUCGUCGAAUCCGGUUGGCAGUACCUUGUGACACAUUAUAGCGACUUUCAACUGGCCUGCAUUGGGAGCUUUCUCCUCCACGAAAGCGUCUUCUUCUUAUCUGGCCUCCCUUUCAUUUAUCUGGAAAGACAAGGCUUUCUCACCAAAUACAAAAUCCAGACAAAAAACAACACGCCUGCAGCUCAAGAAAAAUGCAUCACUCGCCUCUUGCUUUAUCAUUUCUGCGUCAACUUGCCCCUCAUGAUGGUCUCCUAUCCUGUCUUCACAGCCAUGGGAAUGCGAAGCUCUUUUCCUCUGCCGUCCUGGAAAGAAGUGUCUGCACAGAUAUUAUUCUACUUCAUCAUUGAGGAUUUUGUUUUUUAUUGGGGUCAUCGGAUCUUGCAUUCUAAAUGGCUCUACAAAAACGUGCACAGUGUGCAUCAUGAAUAUGCCACACCAUUUGGUUUGACAUCAGAGUAUGCUCACCCAGACAAGAUUCUAUUCCUGGGUUUUGCUACCAUAGUCGGUCCAGCACUCACCGGACCCCACUUGAUUACUCUCUGGUUAUGGAUGGUGCUGAGAGUGCUUGAGACAGUUGAGGCACACUGUGGCUAUCAUUUCCCAUGGAGCCUCUCAGAUUUUCUUCCUCUGUAUGGAGGGUAAGAUCACACAUCUAUAAUUUUGUUAAUGGAUUUUUUUUGUUAAUGGAAUUACAAUGCUGACUUCCAUGACUACCAUCACCGACUGCUCUACACAAAGUCUGGAAACUACUCUUCAACUUUUGUGUAUAUGGACUGGAUCUUUGGUACCGAUAAGGGUUACAGAAGACUGAAGUCUCUUAAAGAAAACAGUGAUUGAAACAAACGUGAAAUCUGGAUUGCCAAGAACAUUUGUUGCUGGAAAUGUGGAUUUGCUGAGUGUCCGUUUGCAUCUCUGUGGAGGUUUUUUAUUCUGCAACCUCGUCUUCUCUCCCAUUCUUGCUUCCCAUGUUGCUGCAGCUGUUUCUGUGUCUUAGUUUAUUAUGUUGUUUAGGAUUGCUACAAAUGUGGCAUCGUUGAAAAACAUUUGUUACUAGUAUGUGUUUUGGGCAAUCGAAGCAUUUGGUAGAGGCACCUAUUUGAUUUGUAGCUUUAGUGUUACUCUCGCUGAGUAAAAGCUAGUUUCUACUAUA